AUGUCUCCCGGCGCUGAUGCGUACAACAACAACAGCAACAACAACAACAACGACGACGGCGGCGGCGACGUCGACGGCGACAAUACCACAAUAAGGCCUAGACUCUCCAGCUUGAGACACGGUACAAGUCCUCUGCAAAAUGAGACUCUUCGACAACCAACGGACGAGAUACCUCUGGAUCUGAGAGCGGAAGAAAAGGACGGGAGUGACUAUGACGAGUCCACCCAACAUGAUGAAGCUGAACAGCAGCCACCUCCGAUGCGCUUCACCAUCGACCCGGCCGGCGACCGGACCCACGACAAGACGACGGUCGACGUAGUCACCGUGCCAUGUCCCGGUGCCGACUCACUGCGUAGCUGGAACCGCGACGGGCUCCUGGGCCGAUACUUUGGCGCCCUGUCGAUGCGCGACGCAGAGGUCGACAGGCCCGCGUCGGCAUCCUCGUGGGUGCGCCAGGGCAUACGGCGCGGAGCUGACGUCGCUCGCAUCCUUCUGUACGAACACCCCCCGCUUGAGGACGGCGUCACUCUGGACGGUCUGGCCGGGGAGCUGCUGGAGCAGCUUGCGUCCCUGAGGGAGCGUCAAGGUUCAGGAGGAGGGGAUGGGGGCACUGAGAGGAGGCCCCUGGUGUUUAUCGCUCACAGCAUCGGUGGCAUUGUCGUCAAGAUGGCCCUCGUCAAGGCGAGUCGAGAUGCUAGGCAUGAGUCCAUUGUUCGUGACUGCUACGCCGUCGUCUUCUUUGGCACACCACACCAGGGGUCGAGCUAUUUUGCCAUGCCCGGCCUCGCCUCAAGCAUCCAGAACACCCUCCAGCUUUCGGCGCCGCUUCCUCUCUCCAUAACGAGUAUCCUAGACGUAGGCCACCCCCAGCUGCUGCUAGCGGACAGCGAGUUCAAGUCGAUUGCGCACGAGAUGCGCGUGUGGACCUUCUACGAGACCAUCGACUCGCGUCUGAGUGCCUCCACCGUGGCUGCGGGCGAGGUAACGAUGAGCAAGAGCAGGAGGCAGGGCGGCGGCGGCGUCUACUUCACAGCUCCGCUGACGUCCAUCAAGUCUGCCAUCCUCGGCAUGCGGCAGGAGCGCGUGUUCCCCUUGCAGAGCGACCACGCCAACGUCGCCUCGUUUGGCCGGCAGAACAUGCACACCCUGCGCCUGUUUCUGCGCCAGCUAUCCCUCCUCAUCGAUCGGGCCGAUGCAACGCUCCGCACCGACGCGGGCAACGUCCCGGCGCGUUGGUCCCUCGACCUGGAGCAGCGCGUGUCCGUAGAGGUAAGGGGCUUCUUUGAGGAUCCCACCACGACUGCCGCCGGUGCCUCGUCCGUCGUCGUCAGGGCCUGGUCCACCAAGCUGACCCUGGCCGAGUUCCUGCGAAAGGGGCCCGACGUCUGUCUGGAGGAGCGCCUACAAGAGGUCGAGCAGGUGUCCUCCCCAGAUAAUGCCGGUCAACCUCUCGGCCGCUCUGUCGGUCCCGGCGGCACAUUCCCCCCUUUCACCGAGGCGGAGAGGGACAUGAUCAGACGCCAGGUGUCGGAGAAGGAAGGCCUCGGAAUAGCCAACCAGCUCAUCAGGAGGGCCGACACGCCUCCCACGUCGCCCGUCACCAGGCCCAUCGACAGCCCCAGGUCCGUCCCGCACAGUGCCGUGAAUGUCACUGGAUCCCCGGCCGCGCAGAACGCACGCGUUCGACGCCUGUCGUCGCCUCCCCUGCCUACGAUCGCACGCACGACGACGGCUACCACGCGCUAUUCUGCACCUCUGCGCCGCCCAUCGCCCCUCAUCCGUCCGGAGGUUGAUCAGGACCUCGCCAUCGACAGGCUGUCCCCUCCGACGAGGACACGCUCGUUCCUGUCCACCGGCCGGUCUGUCAGCGACCUGUCGUCGCCGUACAUGUACCGUGACUUCCCGCCCUUUUCCCAGCAGCGCAGCCAUAGCACGAUGGAUGCGCAUAGCCGGAGGAGGCUGUGGCGGGACGAGCACGAUAUCGGCUCCGUCGUGGUCGAUGACGACGAGAUCGAGGCCCUCCCUCAGCUUCCCGAUGCCAUUACCGCUAGCAGUGAUGCGCAGCAGCAGAUGGAUGGGACUGCAGCGCUGGCCGGUCAGCCCGCCCUUUCCUUUACUCCGUCCGCAAGCCAGCGCAAGUUUGUGUGGGUGCAUCUGCCCUACAAUAAUCCGACCUGGGUCAAUGAAGACUACUCGGCUCUAUACGGUCCCGACUUUUGGGCUUCCAAGCACACACGCGGGAGGCACUCUCAGCAUUAUGCCUACUAUGCGAAACCUGGAUGCUAUUUCACAGCUCCACGGGCAUUGUCACCGCUCAAUCGCUCGCUAUCACCGCCCAAGUCCCCAUUCCCUCAGCAACCUGCCGCCGUCCCUCUGUGUCUCUUCCUACCUUACCUCCACUUCGACUCUUACAAGCGCCUGAUACGUCGAAGGGAGCUUAUAUUUCAGCGUCUGUCCAGUGGCCGUGCUCACCCUGUUCCGGAAGACGUGGCCAAGACGGACUCGAUAGAGCUGCAGGUCAUAUGGGAAUACCUGGGCUAUGAUCCGCCCGUCAACUGCCGCCGCAGCCUCGACCAGUUCGGGUAUCCGGCACUUGGAGACACGCGCGGCAGGGACGACGACCAGAUGCUGUACAAGCUGACGAAAGAGAGGGACUGUCGCUACGGCCAGUACCACGGCGACGUCUACACCUACUCCCUCAACAGCAGGGUAGGGACCAAUGGGAGUCACGGGAGCUGGGGGGAUGAGCUGGCCGAGCUGGAGAGGAUACAGGAGCAGAAUGAUGGACCGAGAGACGGCGUACGCAAUGGAAACGUCCUCAUGGUUGACCAGCUGUGGCUCUGGGCCGUGGACUACGACGCUGAUGUGGAUAAUACCGGGUUAGAAACGCUCAUCUCAUUCUUUCCCAAGAGAGAAAGUGACCCCAUCGAGGGUCCUCUGUACCAGCAGGCCGACCUGCGGGACAGCAUCGUCAACGAAGUCAACAUAGAUAUGGCCCGCCAGUGUGAAAACAGCUUCGACCUCGCAGCCCUCGCGGCACUGCAUGCCGUCAGCGUGCUCCUAGACCGCACAUCGCACCCGGAUCUGGAGGUGUUCCGCAUCUUUGGCGAGGCGAUCAGCGUCCUGACAGAGAAGCUGACGCUCUCCCUCAAGAUGUUCCGCGUCGAAGGCUUCAAGGACAAGGCAGCUGCCGACGAACCGGUGGAGAACAGGGAGAGCUCUAUCCGACGGCGGCACAGGGAGGAAGGGCGACGGGCCGAGAAGGAGAACCGUGACAACACGUCGGCGCUUCUGGAGCUCCGGGAUCUCGAGGACGAGCUCCAGGUGCUUCUCGAGCUGUUCGAGCGGCAGCAGGUGGUGCUGUCCUCGAUGCUGACGGCGUACGGCAGCCCUGCGCUGCGAGACCGGACGGUCCACGGGCGGGGCUUCAUAGCCGAGGCCAUCAGCCGCGUGGCCGAGUACCGGCGCAGGGCCGAAGACAUGACGCAGCGCGUGCGCAUGACACGCGAAGAGUACGACAAGCUGCUGCAGAUGGUGCAGCGCCAGGCCCAGGUCGACGAGGUGCGUCUCAGCCGGCUGCACGCCGACCUGGCCACUUCGCAGGGCCGCAGUGUCAUGAUCUUCACCGUCUUUACGAUCAUCUUCCUCCCACUCAGCUUCUUCACCAGCCUCUUCGGCAUGAACACGCGCGAGUGGGACGACAACGGUCCCCUGCCGCUACAAGUCAUCGGGAUGAUCGCCCUCCCGUCCAGCUUUGCCCUCAUCGUCAUCUCUCUCAUAGCAGCUUUCAGCGAUACGGCGCGACGAUUCAUAUUCUGGUCCCGCGACACGGCGUACGAUGGGCUCCAUUGGGCGUACGAGCUCACGCUCGAGCCUGUCGUCGAUGCAGCGCUGAGCCGGUGGCGGAAGCGGCAGAGGCAGGACCAGUGGCAGCGGCAGCGAGCAGGCGGGGGUACCGGCAGCGGCAGCGGGGGGGGCCGAAACAAUGGGCCGUCUGAUGACUGGAGAGACGCUCGACGGGGACUAGUGACGGAUACGAGUGACUUUUGGGAGAGGAACAGGCCCCAGAGGGAAAGAGGGUAUCAGAUCCCAGAGGUGAAUCGAAAGAAGGUGCCCAACGGGAAGAAGAAAGGGAGUUCCAAGGGUAAGAAGGAUGUCUGA